AUGUCUACUCAAGGCGAGAUUACUGGAUCGGAUCCUGCAUGGACGGAGAACCCAUUUGAUAAUAUCCCAGUCGAGAUUAUCAAAUUGGUUGCUGAUUCGGCCGAGGGACCCGAGCACAAUGCGGCCCUAGGUUUGUGUAGCCAAGAUCUGGAAUCAAUUCUUUCAACAAAGUUUACGAAGCCAGAGGCAACUGUCUAUGUUGCGGUCUGCAGCUUCGAAAGGAAUCUCAUACUGAGAGUCAUCUGGAAGAACGGACGUGGAUCGAUGAUUCGUGGACUCACCCAUGAGGCCUACGACUGUCAAUACGCACUCGACAUCGUCGCCGACGCGAAUCUUGCCUUCAGGAACCAAAAUGUAACGGAGAUGUUACUACCCAUCCUCAAUGGAAUGGCAGUCGACGCCUUGCCGUACACCUGUCUAUAUGCGAAUACGAAUCCGGAAAUCUCCGCUGCACUGCUUCCCUACAUCCCGGACCAUCUCCGCGCCGACGCCUGCACAUCCGAAGUCGAGAAUGCAGUCACCUCCGGAAAGGUCGGCGUUCUAUAA